AUGCCUUCCUUCACAAGCAGGCACUAUACACCGGAUCGGUUCCGCUCCCUCUCCAAACCGGAGGACGACCUGAUGGAGGAUGUCCAUCAGACCGCACCGGGAACCAAAUACUCCUCCUCCGGGUCCCUCACCCUCGGCCCCUCCGACGGCUCCCUCCUCGAUUACUUCGACCUACCGUCCCCGCCCAGCACCCCUCAUCGGCCGACCCACCACAACAACAACAACCUCAGCUACACCUCCCUCAACAGCUUCCCCAGCCCCGCCACCAGCCCCGGCCUCGCCGCCCGCUCCCCGGCCACCCUCAGCCGCAGCAGCAGCACCAGCUCCAGCCGCAACACCACCCCGACCUCCAGCCCGCCCACCUCCACCCUGCCCCGCUGGCCCUCCGCCGCCCAACGUAUUCACCGUUUACCCACCCGCCCCCGCUCCCGGAGCACCUCCUCCGCCUCCUCCGCGGGCUCCACUUCCACUUCCUCGUCGCUGUCGCUGUCGGCUACGCCUCCCGCGCUGGGCGACAUCGACAUGGGCGGCAUGGGCGGCGGCGUGAUGCAGCCGCCGCCGAUGAUCCGCUCCGCGCGCCGCACCCCCUAUUACCCGCCGAAUGCGUCGCGCAAUGCGGACCGCGCGAGGGUGUAUAUGAAUCGGGGCCCGCAUUAUGUGCCGAAUUGGACGCCGUUGAGUAGUCUGCCGAGGCAUGUGCAGCUGCAGAUUGAGGAGAGGAUGACCAGGUUUACGGCGAUGUGA